ACAAGUGCUCCUGUAGGAGGAGGAGGAGCCGUCACGUUCAGGGGAGGAGGCGGCAGGUGCUCCUGCAGGAGGAGCAGGAGCCGUCGGAGGGAGCGCCGUCGCACGGCGGGAGAUGAAGGGAGCGCGGGAGUCUCACGUCACGGUCAGACACCAGCGCAGCUGAAGGGGAAACUUUAGUCAUGGAGACCGAAUGCAAAGGAAGAGGACAAUGCAGUUGGACCAGAAACACUUCCGUUAGUUUAUCUUCGGACUUAUGAGGGUGAUCCCUUUCUUCUACUGGACCAUGGCUGGCAAGCCAGGGAGGCAGUGGAGGUCCAUGUGCAGAGGCCUGGUUCUGGGCACCUUCCUGACCAGCUGCACCAUCCUGCUGUACUGCCUCUCCGCUCCGCAGAGCUCCUCCAGUCACCGCGAGGUUCCGGUGCCUUUCUCCUGUGCCCACCGUCCAGCCCAGCUCCGCCCCAAAGCCCUCGCAAACAGCUCACUGCAACCCACCGGCCAGACCUGCACUCCCAAAGUCGAUAUCAUGUUCAUGAAGACCCACAAAACAGCCAGCAGCACCCUCCUCAACAUCCUCUUCCGCUUUGGGGAGAAGCACCGACUCACAUUUGCCUUCCCGAACAGCAGGAAUGACUUCUUCUACCCGUCCCUGUUCCAGCGCUCCCAGGUGAAAGACUACAGACCUGGAAUGUGCUUCAACAUUCUCUGUAAUCACAUGCGCUUCAACGCAGCCGAGGUGACCAGGCUGCUGCCGGGGGACACUUCUUACAUCACCAUCCUGCGGGACCCCGCGGAGCUUUUUGAGUCAUCGUUCCACUACUUCGGCCGGCUGGUGCCUUUUACCUGGAAGAUCUCAGGUGAUGACAAGCUGGCUGAGUUUCUGCGUGAGCCGCGUUACUACUUCGACCCAGACGGCUUCAACGCUUUCUACCUCAAGAAUCUGCUGUUCUUCGACUUUGGGCAGGACAACACUCUGGAGCGGGACGACCCGCGGGUCGAAGAGGGAAUCAGAUCCAUCACGGACCGUUUUCAGCUGGUCAUGUUGGUGGAAUACUUUGAGGAGUCGCUCAUCCUGCUCAAGGACGCCCUCUGCUGGGAGAUGGACGAUGUGCUCUUCUUCAAGCUCAACGCCCGCAUGGGGUCCACUGUGUCCAAACUCACGCCUGAGCUGAGGGCCAAGGCUCUCGAGUGGAACGCUGUGGACUGGAAGCUAUACCGGCACUUCAACCAGACUUUUUGGAAGAAAGUCGAUGCGUACGGACGGCGGCAAAUGGCUGAAGACGUGGCAGAGCUGAGGAGAAGGAAUGCAGAGAUGGCAUCCGUCUGCAUCGAGGGGGGCCGGGCUGUAGAGGCCGGCAGCAUCCGAGAGACGGCCAUGCAGCCCUGGCAGCCCAUCGGAGAGAAGUCCAUCAUGGGCUAUAACCUGAAGAAGAAUGUGGACAAGGCCCGGAGGACGCUGUGCCGGAAGAUGUUGACGCCAGAGCUUCAGUACUUAACGGAGCUCGGGGUGAACCUGUGGAUCACCAAGCUGUGGGGCCGCGUCCGAGACAUCAUCAACUGGUGACUGGACGCGUGAGCAAGAGGGCCAACUCAACUCUGACUUGAAGAAGAGCAGUCUGACUGUGUGGCCGGGGAAGGGAGCGGUCACACGGGUUCUGUCACAUUUCAAUCUCCUGACCGCUCCAUCUUGUUGAAAUGCGUCCACGUUGACGCUCCGUCUGAUCGGGCGCUGCAAUGUGUUUGAGAAAAGUUCCUGUAGACCUCACAAAAUACAAUUAUGAACCAGGCUAUGCAGAGGAGGUUUGUUAUUGUUCUAGAAGUUCUUGAGUCAAAUUAAAACAUGGACAUGUUCUUAGUCUGAGCUUGUUUGAAUGCAGCAGAUGAGUGAACCAUGAAGUCCAGGACUGAUUAUAUCAGACUUUAUUGGAAAGAAGACAAACAUGCAUUUAAGAUCGCUUCAAGACACGGAGAGAAUGCUACCUUGCUUUGAGCUAAACAUUGUCUAACUCUUUGAUGUCCAUCUCCCCAAGUUGAGACAUUUAAGUUUUAAGGGACUGAAAAACCCAGAAGGGCUAAAAUACAGACGUGAAAAUUGUGAAUGUAAGAACUAAAGCUAUGGAGGACAAAAUCAGCCAUCAUUUAAAUAACAGGGGAGCAAAUACAGACCUUUCUAAUCGCGCCGUGUUUAUUCGUCAUAACAGGUGAAGCACGUGCAGGUGUCGCUAAUCAUGCUACCGAUCGCUCUGUUCCCAGAGCCGCUCUGAGAAUCAACUGUAGCAUUGUUGCCAUGACUACACCUACACAUGUUGAAAGGUCAUGAGAAAAGGUCUGAGCAAUAACAUGCAAAGAAAUCAAUACAUUAAAAGUACGGGACUAUGCAAUCAAUAAUUAAAAUAAUUUCCAUAUUAAUUAGUCGGAAUGCUUCAGCAGUCCAACUAUUGUUCUUCAAAUCUUUAAUCUACUUCUUCUUCUAUGUCUUCAUAUAUUAAGCUACAGAAACUGUUUGAAUAUUAAAAUAUUCAGCUCCUUCAGCUCAUGAUUCUUCUGACUUUUCAUAUUUCUAACUCAACUGUUCAUAUUAUAAAUAUUUUAUGGUAAUUAAUUUGAAUGGGAUCCCAAUGGAGAAAGACUUUAGCUUUAAAAGCUUCUAAGAUCUUCAUACUUUCAGCUAAUUCAAUCUUCUUUUUUUAUGUUGACAUAACCUUCACAUUGUACUGUAUAUUUUCUGAUAUUUUGUAUCUUUCCACUUUAUAAAAUUAUUAAUAUUUUUUAUGGAAUAAAAAAUGAAGGGGAUUCAAUGAUGGAAAUCUUAAAAUCCGCUUAAACUUUUCCAACUUUAAAAGUUUACAAUAUCGGCAUUUAUUCAGCUAAAGAAACAAUUCCACCUUUAAAAUGUUGACAACAUUGUUAGCUAUAACUAUUAUAUAUAUAUAUAUUUCUGUUAAUGCUGCAUUAUUCAUUUACUUUUAAUAUGCAUCCAUAUAUAUAUUCUGUUUGGUGUUUUUGUUUAUCCUGUUAUGAUUCAAUAAUUGGUUCAGUGAUGUUGUCCUCCAUACAUUUCUCCAUUUUUUUCUUGGUAAUAUAUGAUAAUCUUUUCAUCCUCAAAAUGAAGUGAGAAUCACGUGUAUUAUUGCAAAUAUGUUGAUUGUGAUCCAUAAAAUUGACAGCUUACUCUCUAUUGGUGACUGUUUCAUCCUUAUAUGACAGAAUGUAUCGUAAAUACCAAUAUUGUUAUUAGUUUAUUGUGCAUGAAUGUAUAUAGCAUCCCAACAAUCUGAUAUUUAAAUAUAAUUAUGUUUAAAUGAGUUGACGCAUAAAUGAAUUACUGAAAGAGCCCAAGGAGGAGUGAGCACUUCUUUAAAAAAACGGCAUAACUACCACAAUGUGACACUGUUUGGAUUCAAGGUUAUGAUAAAUGAUUGUAACAUAUUAUUUAUUGGAUAUCACUAUGACAGUGAUAUACCAAUAAAUAAUAGUUAUACUAAACUCCAAGUUUGAACUUGUAGACUUGACAGACAGGUCGGCCUGAUCGUUGAGCAACUCCUCUAAACAAUUACUAUAAAUUAAAGACACAUUGGGUUUCAGAGUUAUCUAUACUAGCAUCACGUGGCCUGCUUGGUUGAGCCAAGGUAUUCAUAUGAAUGCCAAUAAGCUGUGUGCAGAUAAACUGAUGAAAGUAAAUGGUCUUUUUCACAGCAGACAUUUUGACUUACUCGUGUUACUUAUAACAUUAAUGAUGCUCUGUUCUACUCAAGUGGCCCAGUAAGCUGUUACAGGGGACCAGUCAUACAUUGUUCUUAUUUCUUACGAUUCAUUUGAUUAUUUACACCUGUGUGUGUUCCUUCUGUGAUGUAUACAAUUUCCUCUAUGAAAAAAUAUAUAUAAAUGGUUCCUGAUACAAAUGCA